GCUUAAGGGGAAGUGUACUGUAAUCAGGUUGGCAAUAAUAUGGUUUUUAGUUGUUUGUCAUUGUUGAUUACAUUAGAUUUUUUAAAAAAAUCACAUAUUUAAGUGAGUUUUGUUGUUAUGUAUACAAUUUACUAUGAAACACAGGGAUUCAAAAUGUCUGUAUGAUGUACCGUAUGUGCCUUAAACCAUUAGGCACAUACAUCAGGCACAUACAAACCAUAAAAUUCCCAAAGCUAUUGUGGAUGUUGAAAAUGUGGUACAUGUUGAGUGAAUGAAUGAAAAGGUAGGAAUACAGAAGGUAAUAAAGCGAGUCAUUCCUUAAGCACUACCCAAGUUUGUGCACCUGUCUAAAUCAAACAGAGGGAUCAACACUUUCAUUUUUGUAAGCCGGGUUCUCACUCCACAGAUAGUCUCCAUGCUGUUAGAAUAGGACAGCCCAUUCCAGCAUUCUUGCUGCCAGACCCGCAUUAAAAGUAGAAGACCCUCUGUGGGAAUACUAAGCUUGAAACCAAAUUGAAUUGGCGUCUACAGUCAUGUGCCUGCUGCUUCUUAAAUUAUAUCAGAAGGAAAAAUUGACUGUCCUUGAGAACAGCAAGUGACUUUGAGCUGCACAGGCAGGAAGUAAGAUGUUUGUGGAGUUGUGUCAUCAGAAGUGGGUCUCUAUAGUAGCACUCCUGCUACUAUACUGUUUGCAAUUAUCAGCGUCCGAUUUCCUAUGGCCAUGUCCUCAAAAGUGUAUUUGUAGGCAGGACACACUAGAGGUCAACUGCUCUUCAAAACACUUAACAGUUGUUCCAGAAGGAUUGCACAUCAGUGCCAGGCGGCUGAAUCUUUCUGGCAACCGCUUGAAGACACUGAGUCGGCGACAGUUUUAUGGAUUAACCCAACUAGAGGAGCUCGACCUCAGUGAGAACAUUAUAUCUAUGAUUGAAGUGGAAACAUUUCAGGGUCUGAAAAACCUACAAAUUUUAAAAAUAAAAAACAACCGGCUUAAGAUCAUUCCAGUUGGUGUCUUUUCUGGUUUGCCGAACCUUCUCAGCCUGGACAUUAGCAAGAAUGAGAUACUUGUGUUUCUAGACUACACAUUUCAGGAGAUGGUGAACCUACGGGAAAUGAAUGCAGGGGAAAAUGACCUGGUGUUUAUCUCACAGAGGGCCUUUGUUGGUCUGCAGAGCUUACAGGAGCUGAACGUGGACCGCAGUAACCUUACCUCUAUCCCUACUGAAGCAUUUUCUCAGCUCCAAAGCCUGACCAAACUGCACCUACGGAGACUCAACAUUAAUGUAUUGCCCAACAAUGCCUUUCGUCGGCUGUACCAGCUGCAUACACUGCAGAUACUUCAGUGGCCCUCACUAGAGACUUUAAACAGCAACAGCCUUAUGAGUCUAAACCUCACCACCUUGGUUAUCAGUAACUGCAAUCUGAGUGCCAUACCAUAUGCCUCAUUGCGCCAUUUAACACACCUGAUCUACUUAGAUCUGUCCUACAACCCUAUUACAUCUAUAGAGGGCAAUAUGCUAGGGGAAUUGGUCAGACUUCGGGAGUUCCACUUGGUAGGUGGAAAACUGCUCCGCAUUGAGCCAGGUGCCUUUAGGUGUCUGGUUCACUUUCAGCUGCUCAAUGUAUCCUCAAACCGACUUACAACCUUAGAAGAGAGUGCCUUCCACGCAGUCGGAAACCUACAGACCUUGCGGCUAGACAGGAACCCACUAACUUGUGACUGUAGGCUACUGUGGGUGGUGCGACGCCGUUUGAGGUUAAACUUUGAUGGUCGCCAACCUACAUGUUCUGCACCUGAACGUGGUCACAAACGGGAGUUUCGGGACUUUUCAGAGGCAGAGCUCCCAAAAGUGUUCAUCUGCAGACAGGCGUGUAUCCUGGAACGUAAGCUGCAAGAAGCAAAGGUGGAUGAGGGAACAAAUGUGCAGUUUGAAUGCAAAGCAGAUGGGUAUCCCCCACCCUCUAUAACUUGGUUAUCACCCCAGCAGACUCCAUUCAGCAGUAUGGGGAGAAUACGAGUGCAUGCAAAUGGAACUCUGGAAGUGCGUUAUGCCCAAGUGCAGGACACUGGAACUUACCGAUGUAUUGCAGCUAAUGCUGCAGGGAAUGAUAGUAUUUCUGCCAGUCUUCUUGUGAGGAACUCCCCUCGAAACUAUACAACUCCCAAUUUCUUUGAUGACAGUUGGGUUGAAACUUCAUUGCCUCCUUCCACCAACUCUUCAGCACAAGUGUCAAGCCCUUACCCCUUUGAUGCCAAGACUCUUGUCAUUGCUACUACUAUGGGUUUCCUUUCUUUUCUAAGCUCUGUGGUCAUCUGUUUUGUGUUCAUGUUCCUCUGGAGCCAAAGUAAGGGCCAGAUUAAACACACAGCCACCAUUGACUUUGUGCCACGUUCUUCUAUGGGAGGAGGUGGAGAUGGUGCAGACACAGGGAGGUUUACAAUGAAGCUUAUCUGAAGUCAUCUAAGGAAAGGGCUUGAGGAUAGCUAAUGUAUGAUAAAAUAUCCAGAAUUGUGGAUUCUGUAAACUGUACUGAAAUACUGGGGGAUAGUUUGGUAACAUUACAUAAGCAUCGUAGUGUACAACUGCCUUCAAUUCAGUGUUGCUCUUAGCUGGCAUUCUAUGGGGUCAGUACAAAUUGGAAAAAAAAUUACUGCUGAAACAUUAGAGAGCUUAUUUAUCUUGGAAGAAAUAUAGAAAGUUUGUGUUAUCAUUAAAAAAUUAUAUAAAUUAAUUGGAGAAAUUUGCUCCAAAACAAGCAUCACCAGAGAUAAUAUGUUAUAAUAUGUUAUAAUAUGUUAUAAUAUUUUGAUCAAGUAAUGUGUAUAUUUUAAAACGUAUAGUGUUGUAGUAUACAAAUUAUUUACUGAUUCAUAUUUGCAUUGUGGUUUUUGAACUAAAUUAAACUAGAUCAAAAUAUAAAAAAUUCACUUAAAUUGUCAGCGGUGGUAUAUUUUCCUGAGCUGAAAAAGUGGUGCAUGUUAUGAAUCCUGUAAAUGCAUGUAUUUUUGACCUUAGUAUUUUUUAUUAAAAAUAUUUAGAUGUGUCCUGCCAAUGUACAAAUAUCAUAAUGAAAAGAGUAUGAUGUGAUCAGGUGACAUAUGAUGCUUUGCAAUAAAAUGUAUGUGAUGUACAUAUUGUACACUUCUGCUACACAUUCAGCUGAUUUGCAAAAAUAUCGAUUUUUUUUUCAUUAAAACUAUUUAAGGACUAUGCUGA